GACGACUUGAAUAGACCGCCAUUGAUAUUCAUCUCCGAAUUGGGGAAGCUGCUGAGAAUUCGGUUUGAUCUUUCUCUGCGUAAUAAUCGUUUUGUUUUAGAUAUUUUAGCCGAGCAAGCAUUGUUUUGAUUCUGUGGGAAGGUGAAUUAGAAGAAAGAUGCAGAAAUUGGGAGAUUUCAAACUUCCUCAAUUCUUCAAUUACCCACCUUACUUCACUUUGCAGCCUGUAAGAGACACCAGGGAGAAGCAAGUGCAACUCUGGAAGGAACUCAUACUCGAUUACUGCAGAAACCAAAAGAUAUUUGUCAUUGGAAUAGAAGAGGAAUUUCCCCUUUUCACUAACCAAGUGAUCGAGAGAUUUCUGAGUCAUGAAGCUAAGGAGACAUUCCUAUCAGCCUUAGUUUCAGAAGGACGUGCAGAAUGGAUGGAUAAGGGUCACAAAAGAUGUCUUAUCCUCUGGCACCGAAUCCAAGAGUGGGCCGAUAUCAUCAUGUGUUUUGUGAAGGAAACUGGAUUGGAAGACAGUGUUAUGACGAUCGAGGAAAUACGCUCUGGUAUAGAAUCUCGGGGAACAGAGCUUCACGGAAUGGAUCGCACAAUACUGACGCGAGCUCUAAAACUGUUGGAACAGAAAGGGAAAGCAGCAAUCUUUAAAGGAUCCUCUGCUGAUGAUGAAGGUGUUAAAUUUGCAGCUUAAAAUAUUUUUGUUGUAUAUCUUACUAGUCUUUUAUUGGACCAUGGAUAAAAUACCCUCCACUUUAAGUGGUUCAAUGUUGUCAUUGUUGUCGUUCUUGGGCAUGGUUUAGGGUAUUUCGCAUUUGGGUCACAGGUUUUUGAAAAAUAAAACUCUUGCUGAUAUGGGUUGUUGAUGAAUUGGGGAUCGUUGGAGGGUUUUUAUGUUUUGUAAUGGAAUGAUAAAGUCGAUAAAAAAAAAAAUUCUUUUGUACAAGUUA